AUGAUAACAUACAUCGGUAUCCCGCUCGCCGUACUGGGUGUUCUACCAAUCCUCCACACGACCAUAAAUUCCCUGGUCACCAUCCAUAAGGUCAAACAAUCCCUCAGACACAAUGGACUCUUCGAAGCCACCACUCGCAGCGGUCUCAUGUCCGGCAUUAUGGAAGUCACCCUGCCAAUACUCAGCAUCACGCCCCUAGACCGCGAAGAGGAUGCCGAAUACUGGAAACUGAAUCGUAGACCUUCCACGCUAAAGGGUGCAACAUGGACCAUCUUCAACUAG